AUGUCGAAACGAACAAGAACUAAGUAUGCUACUAACAGGAAUCAUCCUAGUGCCGAUAAUCCCGAACUUGUUCAAGCGAUUCGAAAUAAAACCAAGGAAGUGCAACAACAAGCUGAAGUCGAUCAUAUCGCACAAGAGGAGGAAAUGAGUCGAAUCAGGAAAAAAAAUCAAGCCGAAAAGAAAUAUAAGAAGAAAUAUGACCAUGCUACUCCUAAUCCUUUGAGACCUCGUCGAAAAGACGGUAAAAAUUUGAAUGCUUCCCACCUAAACCCAAGGGCCACGGGGAGUAAAGCCAAAGGGAUCAUCAUCAAUGACCCACCACCACAAGCGGAGCAACCAACACAUGAAGAAUCUGAUUCCGAAACACCUACUGAACAAGAAGGUUGUGACAAACAAGGUGGUGAAGAAGAAAUUCAUGAGGAAGUUAAUGAGGAACAAAGUGGUGGAAAGGAAGGUGGUGAAGAAGAAAAACGUGACAAGAAAGGUGGUGAAGAAAAAAGUGAUGAGAGUGAAGGUGAUGAAGAAGAAGGUGACAAGGAAGAUGAUAAAGAGAUAAGAGAAGUCGUUCAAGAACAAGUGCAAGACCAGGAAGUUCAACAACAAGACCAAGGAGGAGACCCUAAAGGAAAAGGGAUACCAGGUGAUGGAGGAAAUGUAUUAUGGGGUUACAAAGGCAGUUGGGCCGGCGUCGUCUACAAUACCAUAGAUCACAAGCAUGUCGUUCGUCUUAUGAAGCCAGUAACGUCAGUGAGUAAGAUGAGGCAAUGGCCACUUAUAGCUGAUGAAUCAACCAUUGGAGAAGUUCCGAAAGUGGUCGAUCUAGUCAAUUCUACGGGGUUGCUUCCUGCGGUCAACAAUUUGGGCCACCUUGAUUACGACAUACCUUUUUGUUCCGCCUUUGUCAAGAGAUACUACGCGGAAACGGAUACUUUACAUCUUCCGUUUGGAGAAAUGACGAUAACUCCAAAUGAUGCGAAGUUUAUUACCGGGCUAAGAAUAGAAGAAGCCGAUGAUGAACCAGAAGCCGGAAAUCUCAAAAAGAAGAACAAAUCUAAGAAGAAAAUUGUUUCUGAUGUUGAAGAUGAAAAAGGAGAAAGUGAUAGCGACCAAACACUGGUAAAGAUGAAAAAGAAGGCAAAGAAGGAUGCUGAGAUAAGAUUGGAAGUCUCUGAUCCUGAAGCAACCCUGUCAAGGAAGUCGCAGAGAUUAAAAGAUCAGGUGUCACCUCAAGUAUCACCUAGUUCACCUAGGCCUGAAAAACCUACUAAGGGAAAAAAGAAAGCAAAGAAUGCUGCGCCAAAGGAAGUAUUGGGUGAUGAUACAGAUAAUGAGGAUGCCGAAGAUGUGAGGCAAGCUGUUGAUCAUCAGAAGAAAAGAAAAAGACAUGAACCCAAACAAUCGAAAGACCUGAAAAGGAUGAAGAACAAGCAAAUCGAAAGAUCCAAGAGUGAAGAGGAAGAAGAAGAAGAAUCUAAUAAGCAAUGUGUUGUCUAUAAACAAGAGAACAGGGACAAGUAUGAAGAAGCAUUUCUGGAUGCGACUAAGAUCAUUGAACAAGAAACGUGUCCCCCCGAUAGUGCUGAAGCAAGAUUGCAGAUCAUUGAAGCAAAGCUAAAAGACAUGAAGCAGACUCAGGAGAGGAAUAGACAGAGUGGAGUAGACUUCAAUGAAAAUUCGUAUAAUUACGUGAAGGAAUUGCUCGUUGAUUGUGGCCACAUAGAAGUGCAGGAGGAGUCGUCAGGUGGACCUAGUGUCAAUGUAUCAUCAGCUGAGCCAAGCGACCCACUGAGCCAAAACUUUCCAAGGAAUGAGACUCUUGUUGAACUGGUAUCUUUAACUGAACCACCUACACAAGAAUCAGUGCCAGAAGUUAUCAGACUCGAUAGCCAAGAACAAACGUCUAGUCAAGGAAGAAGACGUAUGAGGGGAGUUUGUACCAAGAACAAAAUUUUCGAAGAGGUCACCAUUGAAGAAAAAGUCAUUAGUGAAGGGAAAAACAAACAAGGCAGAAGGGGAUGGGAAUCAACCAGGAAGAAAGGUAAGAAGAAUCAAGGAAAAGACAACAUGGAAUCAAAGGACAACCAGUGUACUACUCAAAGAUUGUGA